AUGCUAAGGAAACACAUGUUCCAUCAGAACUUCCUGUGCGACCAGGAUGGCAGCAAGAGAGCCUUGAAGAUAAGGCCAGAUGACUCAAACAUCGAGACGUCGGGGUCUUCGGCCUCUCCUCAGGAUCCAGUUACCAUGGUGACGCCCCCUGACCUGCUGCCUAGCUUCAUGAUGCUGGAGGAGGAGGAGCAGGAGGAGUCCGUGUCCGUUGUCCAAUCGGAUCCCUCGAGCCUGUCGAGGGGCACAACGAGACAGCAGCCGGCGCUCUCCUCCCUCUUCACCCUGCUGGCUAACGCGGCACGAAGACCACAAAACCUUCUGGCACCUAGAACCUCCCCGUCGGGUCCCUCGGGAGGCAGAACCAACAACCGGACCACCCACUGGCCCGACGACGAGCUGAUCGAACGGGCCGAGCCAUCCUUCAUUUCUUCCUCAUCAUCGUCAUCGUCGUCGUCGUCAUCUUCUCCUUCGUCCUCGAUCCUUGGGCCCAUUGGAAACUAUUCCUUCAGUCCAGUCUUUGUCUUCAACCACCACAGCAUGCCAGUGGUGCCAUCUGAGUCCUUCUCUCACACCCAGGCCAGUGACACCGAUGCACAUUUCAUCGUCACCCUUGCCACCGGAGUCAUUACGCCCGUCAUCAUCAUCAUUACCGUCAUUAGCCAAAUCACGGCCAUCAGCGACGAGAGCAGCAGCAGCAGCAGAGCCAUUGGAAGAAGAAGGAGCAGCAAGGCCAUCAUUCCCAAGGAACGAGCAACAAUGGACGACUUCCUCACAUCCAGCAGAGAGGCCGGCGCCUUCUCCUCCAAAGACAACUCCUCCAUGGUGGUACUCCCACCCCGGACGAAGAGCACAAACUCCCCACAGUCCCCACCGUCCCCCGCCACGUCCUCUUCACACGCAGCAUCAUCCACCCAGAGGUCCUUUACACCACUCACCCCCACCACCACCACCACCAUGGCUCCAACCACUGAAGCACCACCGACAACUACCACCACUACCACCACCACCACCACCACCCUGGCUACAACCACCACAACAACUACCACCACCACAGAACCACCAACCACCACCACCACCACAAGCCCCACCACCACGACUACCCUGUCACCCAGGACGUCACCUCCGGUGCGGCCACCAGCGAGGACCUUGACCAUGCAGACUCCCAGGACUGUCCCGCCCCGGCUGACCACCACUACUGUCCUCUCCACAACCACCGCUGCUGCUGGACCGCCGCCAAUCAAGUGUAACAUUACCAAUCGAAUGUGGGUGAGAACAGUGUUGACCAUUCACCUGAGGAGGAGUCGACUGGACAUGGUGUUGAAGCAGAACCUCCCGAGGGGUUUGGCACAGGCCCUGAGAAAGGCACUGAAUGAUACCGCUCUCCACGUACAGGUGGAGACCCUGUCCACGGUGCCCAAUGUGACGGUGGGCUACUACGUGCAGCGCGGGGACAUGGUGUACACGCCUGCUGCCGUGGUGGAGGCGCUGGGUGCCUACGGGGUGGAGCGGCUGAUGGGUGAUGUCCGCCAGUACGUGCCCCUGGUGCAGGCCAUCCCCAUCCCAGCACUGCCAUGGAUACCCAGCCCCGGCAUCACACUGCUGCUUAAGACAGUGCUCAGGUUUGUGAAUGCGGACGAUGACCUGCGUUCGUGCCGCUUCUCCCAGAUGCUGGAGCAGAGGCUGGAGAAGGCCUUUGUGGAGGCGGAGGGCAAGGUGCUGCACUCCCAAAGCAGCCUGUCCGUACAGAUCCUGAGUGUGUCCCAGUCGGCCGGCUCUCCUGCGGUGUCUGUGAUCUACGUGGUGCGGAACGGCAGCGUGCCCCUGAACGGCACCAUGGCCAGCAGCCUCCUGAGCCAGCUGACGGCCGAGCUGGUGGGAUACUUCCUCUUCUAUCCUCCACUCAUCACCGCAGAGCCAUUGGAGUACCACAACCUCAACACCUCUGCAGCUACAAGAGACUACUGGGUCAUCACAGUCAUCCAGGACGUGGACAACUCGUCUCUGGAGAGCCACUACCAGAGCUUCGCCAGCCUGAUGGAGCAGCGUCUGGGCGAGCUGUUCGUGGCGGCCCACCAGCAGGGAGGACGCUUCCGCAGAGCAGCCACCGUGGGCAGCUACACCGUACAGAUGGUCAGCAUGAGGCGUGUUGCGGGGGCUAAGAACCCGGCCGAGCUGACCUACUACGUGCAGAUGAAUGGCGUGGCGUUGGCCGGCACCUCUGCCGCCAAGGUGCUGAACACGCUGGACUCCCAGACCAUGGCCCUCACCCUCGGCUACUUCGUACAGCUGCAGGCCGAACCUGUGGUGAAGAACCCUCCCAAUAACUUGUGGAUCAUCGCUGCCGUGCUGGCCCCCAUUGGAGUGGUGACCGUCAUCAUCAUCAUCAUCACCGCUGUGCUCUGCCGCAAGAACAAGAGCGACUUCAAGACGGACUCCUUAGGCAACCUUAAUCCUCGUGCAAAGAGUGCUUACCGGAGGGAUGCUGGCUAUUACAUCCAGCCGGUCCAGGGGUUUGACUAUGCCAAGCAGCACCUGGGGCGGCACCAAGGGGGCGACGAGGAGACCUUGCCCGUCACCCAGGACACCAAGAUCCUGCCGCUGCCCAUCCGGGAUGCCCCCCUGUCCCUGUCCCUGGAGAAGGUCAUCCACCCCGAUGGCACCAGCUCCAAGAAGACACUCUCCAGCGAAAUCAGGAAGAGCAGGUUGCCGAGCGAAGACGGCUCCGUCAUCAGCAACGAAUCAGCAGCGAAGCCGCACGCUGGCAGGGGGGGCUCCACCGCCGCGCUCAAAGUCCCGACGCAGCAGAAAAUGACAAAGGAGGAGUCGCGCAAGAGGAACGAUCCGUAUGACACCUCAUCGGGCUCCCUGCAGCUGAUCUCCAUCAAGCCCAUGGCAGCCCCGCCCACUUACUCUCACCCCGCCUCCUCCGACCGCAGUCACAGUCAGGACUCAGCCAUCCUCAACGGAGAGGUGAGCAUGGCGCUGAAGCAGAAGUCUGACAUCGAGCACUACCGCAACAAGCUGCGGCUCAAGGCCAAGAGGAAGGGCUACUACGACCUGCCCCUAGCAGAGGGCAGCGCCACGGGCUCCGGCAGCGCCGUGCGCAGGUACCAGCACAGCCAGCAGAGGGCACCGCGUGAGCAUCAGGAUCAUCACGAGGAUGACCGCUCCUCCACCUACGUCAAGUCACACAGGAGGCACUCCCAGGGUAGACACCCGGCUUACCGCAGCCGCCAGUCCCUCAACAGCCCCAGCCCUGGAGGCACGGAGAUGGACCUGCUGGUGAUGAGGGAGAGACCCAGGAAGGGCAUCCGCAACAGCGGCUAUGACACGGAGCCCGAGAUCAUCGAGGAGACCAACGUGGAUCGGCUCGUGAGUGGCGGCGGCGGCAGCCACCAGCGCAGCUACGGCUACGGCCGGCAGGUCAAAGGAGGUCACUCGGAGACGUCCACGCUGAGCUCGCAGCCGUCCAUCGACGAGGUGCGGCAGCAGAUGCACCUGCUGCUGGAGGAGGCCUUCAGCCUGGCCUCGGCCGGACACUCCUCCUCCACCAGCCGACACCACUCCCACUCCCACUCCCACCACCACUCCCAGCACUCCCAGCAGCUCUCCCAGAUGUCCCAGCACCACCUGGGGCCCUACAACCCGGGGCCGCCCAUCCCCUACUCGGAGGUGGUGACCAGCGCCCCGGGUACCAUGAGUCGCAGCCAGAGGGCGCUGCAGUGGGUGCCAGCCUACGGAUCGGACCUGUACCAGUGCAGUCUUCCCAAGCCGACCUUCAGGUUCACGCAGCUCCCGGAGGUGGCCAUGGGCUCUCCCCCGCCCCCCAUCCCCCCCAGGACAGGGCCGCCCGGAACAUCACUGAGGCGCUCUUCAUCUGACCUUGGGCCGGGGAAGGCUCGCAGUGUGGAGUCCUCUGUGACGGAUGUGCCGAGUCAGCAAGACAGCGUCUCCUACGCCCCAGUCAGCAGAGGUGCGCUCCCCACAGUCACCACAGACCAGCCUCUGUCACUCAACCACUCAGGAAACCCGAUGUCUGCAGUCUACGCCAUCCCGGCCACUCGCCCCGGCUACCCAGGCUACUUCCUCUCCACGCCGCCUUCCUCCUACCACAGCCCCUCUUGGAUGUCCUACCCUCCGGAGCCCGAGGACGUGCCCCCACAGUGGGCUGAAUCUGUGCCAUUGCCAGGUUAUGCAGAGGCCUUUCCCCACCCGCGCUACCCUCAGGGCAGCCCGCUGCUGCAGCACUACCGGCAGCCUCCUCCCGCCUCAGCACUGGGGGCGAUGGUGCUGGAGCGCCCUCCGUCCGGCUCCACCGUGACCUCUCAGCAGAGCCUUGGGGGGGACCCCCUGGAACUGCCGCCGGUGUCAGACAACCCCCUCACCAACCUCUCCACGUCCGCCUUGGUCAAAGCCAUCCGCGAGGAGGUGGCCAAGCUGGCCAAGAAGCAGUCGGACAUGUUUGAGUUCCAGGUCUAG